AUGUAUCUAGCAAAAGUAGCUCGGAAAAUACAUUCCAUACCCGCUACAACGGCUGCGGUAGAAAGACAAUUUACCUCUGCUGAGCUUGUCGUAACUGAACGGCGCUCAAGUAUAAAUCCAGAACAAGUUGAUAAUAAUGUUUUAUUGAUUCGUUCAAUUGAGAAAGUGAACAGUUUAUUGGAAAGAAGUGCUGCUAAUGGAUUACUCCUAGAACCAGACGUCUUUCCUUCUCUUAUUAUGGAAGCAAAAUCUCAACAUCAACGUCGUUUGACGUCAGUUUUUAAUGCGAGAAAAAUUCUACGUCGUUGUACUCAAUCAAAUGGUACAAAUAUAUUAUUUUCCAGUUCAAAUUCAAAACUUAGAACUAAUAUGGAUAAUAAACAUUAUUUUGGUCUCUAUCUAAUAAGAAUCAAACAUGGCUUAGUUCUAUUUGCGUUACUAUUAACAGCUUUUCAAGGUAUCAUUUAUUUGAUAUUCUCAUUAUUUACGGAAAAAAAUUCAUCACAACUUAUUCUUGAAAUUGUUUUAUUUUCAUCCAUUUCUUUAAUAUCGAUUAUAUUUGUUUUAUUAUUACAACGUGAAAAAUUUUUUCAAUCUCAUUCACAAUUAUUUUGUUUAUCUAUUUGGAUAUUAUUAACUCUUUUCUCCAUUAUACCCAUGAUACUACAACGAUAUACAUCUCUUAUACGUCUAAUGGCACCAGUCUCGUUUUCAAUCUUAUCAAUUCAUACAACACUACCCGUUGGACGAUCUUGGACAGUGUUAAUGGCAUUAAUAACAUCUUUAAUUCAUAUUGGCGUUGUUAUUGGUACACACUACGUAAAAACACCCUAUACAAUGCAAUUUAAAUUGGAGGUGAUAUGUUUAUCAUUAUUUUUUAUCGCAAGUAAUUUUUUUGGUUUUUGUCAUCGAUAUUUAACCGAUGCUCAUCAAAAUAAAACAUAUCAGAAUACUAUGCGUUGUAUUGAAGCACGUUUAAAAUUAGAACGUGAAAAAGAACAACAAGAACGAUUAAUAUUAAGUGUAAUACCAGCACAUAUAGCAAUUAAUAUGAAACAAGAAAUGUUACGAAAAGUUAAAGAAACAGCUAAAUAUCAUUUUCAAUCAAAUUAUGAUGAAAAGUCAAAUGCAACAAAAAAAGUGAAUAUUAGGAAAGCAACUUUUCACGAUUUGUAUAUUAAAAAACAUGAAAAUGUUAGUAUUUUAUAUGCCGAUAUUGUCAAUUUUACACCAUUAUCAGAAAAAUUUUCACCACCAGAACUUGUACAAAUUUUAAAUAAACUUUUUGGAAAAUUUGAUCAGCUUGCACAGGAAUGUGAUUGUAUGCGAAUAAAAAUUCUUGGUGAUUGCUAUUAUUGUGUUAGUGGUUUGCCGAUAUCCAGGCCAAAUCAUGCAUCAAAUUGUGUUCGAAUGGGCUUAAAAAUGAUUGAUGAUAUCAAACUUGUGCGAGAAGCAACUGGUGUUGAUGUUAAUAUGCGCAUUGGUAUUCAUUCAGGACGUGUUCUUUGCGGUGUAUUGGGAUUACGAAAGUGGCAGUAUGAUACAUGGUCUGAUGAUGUUACUUUAGCUAAUCAUAUGGAAUCGGGUGGUGUACCAGGAAGAGUUCAUAUUUCAAAAGAUACGUUAAUGAAUUUGGGUGAUGAAUUCGAUGUUGAACCGGGGAAUGGUCAAGAACGCGAUGCAUAUCUUGCUGAACAUAAAGUUCAAACAUAUUUUAUUGUUCCACGAGAUGUACCGCAAUCUCAAAGCAGUAUUAUGAUGAAUGGGGGUGAUACAAAAAAAAUGAGCAAAAAGAUGCAAAAAUUACUUGAUACAUGGUCAAAUGAAGCACCAUUCUCAGAACAUGUUGCUGGUAAUGAUAAAUCUGAAGCAACAAAAAGUUUUGUUUUACUCGAAGAUAAUCUACGACCAUUGGCUUGUUCAUUCAAUUGUGGAAGACAACAGAAUACAAAUGAUCUGGACUGUCUGACAUUACAAUUCAAACACCAUGAUGUAAAAACAAUGGAAGAAAACCAUGAAGAAAAUCAAACAGCUACAGAAACAAUGUUUCGUUCGUUACCUGAAUUACGUUAUCGUUAUUAUGUUAUUAACGCCGCAUGUCUAUUUUUUGCCAUCAUUAUUAUACAAGCAUUAAUAUUAGAAAAAAAUCCAUUGUAUACUGUUGUCGUUAUCAGUGGAUUAUGUACGUUUUCAUUAGCUGCCGCAUUGUGUGUAUUGGAUCUCUCCAAAUUUCGACGAAAUCACCAUCAUUCAUUACUUAAACGCUCAACAUUUUUAGUAACACAUUAUUAUUUUGUUCGUCUUCCAAUGACCUUAAUACUUAUUGUCGUAUGCGUCUUGUCACCGUUCGCCACUACGUGGAAAACCGCACAACAUUUAUCUUCGUCAACAAUUAAAAACACAGAUUUAUUCCUAAAUACUAAUAUUUCAUAUGGAAGUUUCAAUGAGACAACAAAAUCAUUCCCCACCAUCUUUUCUGAUUCAUCACAUGUUACAUUUGAAUUAUGUCCUCAUUUCGAAUUUCAUAUAUUAUUACUACAAUUAGCCGUAUUAACAGUUUCGUCAUUUAUGCAUUUAUAUUUUUUGCAUAAAGCAUUUAUUAUGGUAUUAACCGUCUCGUUUCGACUCGAUCUUCUUUGGACAGUAAAAUUUCAAAAUGAAAAACUUGAAGUAGAAACAAUUAGUACAAUAAGUAGACUAUUGUUAGAAAACAUUCUACCGAAACAUGUAGCAGAAAUUAUUAUCAAAGAAAAUAUGAGUCAGGGACUUUAUCAUGAAAGUUAUGAUAAUAUUGCCGUGAUGUUUGCAUCCAUACCAAAUUUUAAAGAAUUUUAUGUACAAUCAGAUGCGAAUAAUGAUGGAUUAGAAUGUCUGCGUUUAUUAAAUGAAAUCAUUGCCGAAUUUGAUAAACUAUUAGAAAAAAAUAAGUUUAGCUGUGUGGAAAAAAUAAAAACAAUUGGCAACACAUAUAUGGCGGCGGCUGGCCUCAAUCCUGGCGUUGAACAUCGAAUGACACGGGAACGUUAUAACCAAAAUGUCGUUGCUCUAGCUGAAUUUGCAUUUGCUAUGAGUUCCGCUUUAGAGUCAAUCAAUCGUGAUUGUUUCAAUGAUUUUAAACUAAGAGUUGGCAUGUGUAAUGGACCAGUCGUGGCAGGUAUUGUGGGUGCCAAAAAGCCUCAAUAUGAUAUUUGGGGUAACACGGUCAAUGUGGCUUCACGAAUGGAUAGCACGGGUGUAUUAGGUGCUAUUCAUGUACCCGAAGAAACACACCGAAUUUUAUUCGAACAUGGUUAUACAUGUGAAUGUCGUGGACCAAUCUUUGUUAAAGGAAAAGGAAAUAUGACAACUUAUCUAAUUCGUCCAAGAGGCUAUGUACAAAAGAGAGUUUCCACUAAUGAAUCAUCAAAUGAUCGAUAA